UAUUCGUUGUGAUUCCGUUGCAUAUUACUUUUAAGUAUUUGCGUAUUCUUAAUUUGUAAAUCUUUGACUUUGACUGAUAAUUAAAUAACUUUAUUGUGGGAGGAGAAAGUAACAGCCGAAAGAGGUCAAAGGUUAUUUUAGCAAACAUGGCGAAGCUGAUCGAACGAUCUGUGCUAAUUGGAAUACUUUUUGGAUUUUUAGACUAUGUUGCGGCAUACUACUGUGACAAUGAUAAAUGUCUAGAAGACCAGUUCUGCUGUGGGGAGAACAUCUGCUGUGUUUCCUAUAAAGUGUGGGAGCUCUGGUAUUUCUGGUGCGGAAUCCUGUUCUGUCUGUUGCUGUUGUCGCUGUGCGGCUGUUUUUGGCAACAACGCCAACGAGCCUACUGGAUGUUCCACACUGCCAACCCCAACCCGUAUCGACCUCUUGAUGUUGAGGGGGAGGAGACCAAAUAUAGUCAAAGUCACAAGGAUGGUUACCAUGGUAACAAAGAACGAUCUCCGCAGUUUUACAGUCCCGCCCAGGGGACUGAUUCCUGGUAUCACCAUAAUAUUGGUUCCCAGCCCACCAGUGUGUACACAGACUCAGAGCAGUUGUACGACACAAACACAAGUCGGAAACCGGAAUACUGAACUUUUCUGCGCAAGUCAUGCGGUGCUUGUUAUAUGCAAUGUUGAAAUUAAUAUGUAAGACAAAUAUUUUAUCUGUAAAUGUUGAGCAAAAGUUUGCUGUUUGAAUAAUUGAAUGGUGUUUUGGCAUAUUUGAAAGUAUUCUUAUUCUUUCUAUGAUAAUGGUGUUUUUUACCAUUGUGCGUUUUUGAAAUUAUAAUUCAGGGGAAAAAAACAUGUUGAAAUUUGGAACUGCCCAUUUUCCCUUAAUCUUCGAAUUAAAAAAAUUAUUUUACAAAAUUAAGGACAACGCUAAAAAACUUUGUUCAAAGCAUACCAGCAGUAACAUCUUUGAUAAUAAAAAUGUCAUAUGCAUCCAGCUAAGCUCUAAACCAGCCUUUGCAAUCGCAAGAGUCUGGUCAGGACACACGCUGUCCGCUAUAGAGUCAGGCAAGAUUUUGUGGAUUCAAUUUCUAACAGGGUUGGAGCUACAGUGGUGGCAUAAUUAUGUCAUAAGACCCAUUUUUGCAUGAAGAAGGUCAAAUGAAAGAUAUUCUGGCAUUUUCUUCCAACUGUAUUAAUAGUGAAAAUCGCUUUCUGUAUCUUUUUUGUCCAGAAAUAUUGUUGAAGUAAAAGUUUUAGUUUGAUGGGUUCAGAUUAUCUUUAUCAGUACUCCUGAGACGGAUUUAUACCUUGAUGUAACUUUGUAAUACUUCAGUAGCACUUGACUGCUUCUGAGCUGAUAGGCUUACCAUAUGUGUCAGAUAAAGAUUGUUUUUGUCGCCAAGGAAGACCUUCUUUAUUUUCCCUAAAGGUUAAGAGUUGAGCAUCAAUUUCCAUCCAUUUUUUGUAGUUGUCACCGAAAUUUGUAAUUAAUUAUGAAUUGUAUCGGUUGUUUAAAUGUUGUUUUAUUGUUUUAAUAAAGGCCUUAUUUCAAAAAGGACUUUGGUAAAAAAAUAUUAUGUACAUAUGUAAUGUUCUGUCAUGUUUGAGUGAUCUUUUGUUCCAUUUGAGAGGUUGCCAUGGGGAUUCAUUUGUACAGUUGUGUUUAUUAGUGCAAUUCUAAAUCAUGUCUUUAAAAUAGGGUGGCUUUUACUUAAUAUUUAAGAUUUCGGAAAACAUUGUUUUUUGAAGAAUUUGUUUCUCCAUUUUUUGUGGGUGGAUGGUUCAUGAUAGAAGUAUUAACAGUUUAUUGUUGGUAAUUUUCUAUAUUAAUUGAAUGUAUUUAUAUUUAAGUCGCAAAGAGAGUGCGAGAUCUGAAUUUAUGUUCCAGGGCUUAGUUUUAAGAAGUGUACUAAUGUUUCUGAGGUAGUACAUAUAUUACUAUUUCAUUUUUUUCAUUUUCUUUGUUGACAUUUUAAAUGAAAAGGAUAAAAAGUUGGCAUAAACUUUAUAGGACAACUAAGGACAAUAAAAAUAUAGAUCAUUAAAAUGUGAUGAUAUUUUUGUUUCCAGUAUUGUUUGGACAACAUAUUACAAAUAUUGAGGAAUAAUCUUAUAUGAUAGGCAUGAUUUGAGAGCUGGGUUGGCCUUUGUUCAACUUUCAUGUUGAAAACAAUGUUAUGUUUGUUUUGAUGUCUUUCUAGUAUCUACCAUCAAGCCAGAAAAUGAUAAAGAAUUCCCUCCAGACAAAAGCGCUUUAUAACAUACUAGUAAGCAAGGACUUGAUGCGUUAUAGCUCUGAUUGCAUUUUAUUACAAAUAACCAGCAUAGGCAAGCAUUUCUGUUAAAGUAUUGAGUCUAUCUUUUAAGUGUUUACCAAGUGUUUUGUGGUUGAUGAAAUUAUGACAAUGAUACUUGGUCUUAUCAACGUUCAACUUGUUCAUAUAAAUGACUGCCUACUUUUGCUUUGAUACUCAAACAUGAAUAUGAACCUACCAUAUUUAACAGACACUAAUCUUCAUGAUGUUCCUUAUGCAUUAUUAUGUGUGACAUUGUAAUUUUGUCUUGCUAUUUUCAUAUGCCUAAUUAUAGUAUUAUCAUUUUCAGAUAUUCUUACAAGUUAUUACACUAGGUCUGUUCUAUAUUCUUUAAUUGAUCUUUGUAAAUUGCAGUCUUAAUAAACAAUGUUAAAAAAUAUUUUCCCUAAAAAUCAUUUAUAUAGGCAUUUUUAUUUUAGCAUUUUAUUUGAAUUGUAAGGUGUGAUAAAACAUUACAGUUGAUAAUUGUACUUGUUCCUUUUUCACAAGAGAAAUGCACUGGUUUGAUUGUAAGUUUCUUUUUUAAUCUUGUAGGCUAUUAAAGUGGCUCUGAUUGUUUGACUAUAAGGUUACUAGAUGUGUACCUUAUUGUUCCUACAUUAACCAUAAUGAGAAGUAUUGUAUAUACAAAGUUGAUUUUAAUUGGCUUUUAUUAUGUAUUGUGCGUUCUUGUUUGCUGUUGUAAGGAGCAUUCCUUUCCAUACUUGUAAUUAUGAACUCUUAUUGGAAUGUUAGACAUGAAGAUUGGUAUUGUACUGCCAGCUAUGUGAUACUUAUUUAUGUAAUAUAAAGUUUGAUAUGAAAGUUAUAGUAGCUGGACUACACAUAUUUAGCAUUUGUGCACAUGUUAUACUGCCUGUGGUCUGGUUCCCUGUUAUAUUGCAAAUAAUCUGGUUCCCUGCUAUAUUUCCAAUAGACUUCAUCCUUGUAUUUGCAGUAGACUUGUUUCCUGAUAUAUUUCAAUAAGUUUGGUUACCUGUUAUAUAAUAUAACCGUUCAUCUGCUUCCCUGUUAUAUUGAUAGAAGUCCAGUUCACUGUUACAUGUAUAUUGCUUGUAGUCUGGUUCCCUGUAUUUUGCCAGUAGUCCAGUUGGCUGGUUCCCAAGGUUAUGUACAGUUCAUGUAUUGGCAACAACUAAAGCAGAAUCUCUCCUAUAUAUGUGCUUGCUAAUUUUCAUGCACUGCUUGUAUAUUUUCUUAUUACUCAAGAAUAAAUACUAGUUUGCUUGGGGUUUAAACUUGUUUGUUGUUUUGACAUAUGUCUAUUUUUUCUUCAAACGGUAAUUCUUUUUUUUUGUCUACUAAGUGCAAUGCUGGUAAAAUUAAAGCCAGGGACCUGGUCAUGGUAUUUAUAUAAGUCACAUUACUAGUAUUUUAUUUUUGCCAUUAUACGUGAUAGUGUAACAAGCAGGUUUAUGUCAAAUGCAUGCACCUGUUAUGUGAAUAAGUUUAUUGUUUAUAUGUGUUUGUAUGUUAUAAUAUUGUAUAUAGUAAUUGAUUUUUGCAUUUUGAAGUUGCUUUUUAGCAUGAUGUUUCACAUUUUGUCUCAACUAGGAACUUCCUAGAAGGAAAAGUUUGUCAGAAUAUGCUAUGAUGAAGUCCAGAGAGCUUGUGUUUUUAAGAAGUUUUAUCAUCCAAAGUUGUGCUAAGUAGUCUUGGACAAUGAUUAUCUUUGUGUUUGUUAUCCACUUUAUAUCCAUCUAUCAUGCGGCUAGAAUUAGUUUAAUUGACUCUUGAAAGUUGGGACGAAUUUUGAAUCAUAGCUACAAUUUGUGACUUCUUUCUUUUUUGCUGAAAGAUUUCAAUGUUGGCGUGGUUUUUUGUUGUGCAGGGAAGGGAGAGUACUGGUCGGAAACUCCACCUGUCUGGUAUGAUGACCAUUGAAAAUGGGUCGCCUAGGUGAGAAGCGGGCGUACAAACCACUGUUCUAGCGGGACAGCCCUUUUCCCUAAAACAAACUUUAAAAGUAUUUUAAUUAGUUUUUAAACUCACUGACUGUAAUUGCAAUAAAGGGAGGUACUUUUCAAUGGAAGUCACCAGGUUUUUAGAAAGAAUUAUUACUGUAUUCAUGGUGAUUACAUAAUUUGUGAGCCUUUUAUCAUGUUACUCAAUACAUUUGAAUGACACAAGUAUAAAACAGUCAUGUGAUCUUUUGUAAUCCCAAACAUGACUUGGAAAUAUAAUGGUAAAAUGCAUUAUUAUGUAACAUGUGAACACAGUGAAACUGUCUUUUUGAAAUAAAUAAUCUUUAUGUACGAUAUAGAAAAAUCCACCUGUUAACAUGUUUAACAACUGUUACAUGCAAAUUAUUCUUUAGCUGAAAUUUUGAUUAUCACCAUAAUGACAGUCUUGAAAGAGAACUUGUUGAAAUUGUUAAUGAUGUGGUUAAUGAGAUAGCCUUAACAUGUACAAUGUUAUAGCUAGUUUAACUGUGUGAAUGCUUUGAUCUCAUUUUUCACCAUUGUUCUCAUUUUGUUAUCAUCAGGGUUUUAUAGUGUUGAACUUAUGCUGAUGUUUGUGAUUGUUUGUUAUUCCAGAUAACUGGUAGCCUCUUUAUAUAUGGGCCCUGCUCUGUGAAAAGGGGGUUUAAUGAAUGUGGGUAAAGUGUUGUCCCAGAUUACCCUUUGCACUCUGCACAGGCUAAUCAGGGACCCUUUUUCAGCCUAAAAAAGAUUUUUGCCAAGAAGAGACUCUGUAAACGAAAAAUAUCAUAAAAGUGGAAAGUGUUGUCCCUGAUUAGCCUGUGCAGACUGCACGGGCUAAUCUGAGAUGGCACUUUACGCACAUGCAUUUAACCCCCUUUUCACAGAGCAGGUUUCAUAUGAAUCCUCUUUCUUGCAUGCAAGGUUAAAGGAUUCUUUCUUUAAACACACACAGUUUUCGUAACCUUGACUAUGUUUUAUUAAAAUUUUCAAACUGUUUCUUUGUUUGAUUGAAAUGUGAUUUUGCAAUUCACCUGGCCUUUCACCGUAGAUAUUGCAAAAAGGCAUUAAUUUGGUAAGAGAUCAAUUUUAUUGUACUUAAAUGGGAUUAUAUUAAUAUUAUAUUUUAAAAAAAAACAAGGAAGUAUUAAUUUUUACUUUUAUGUAAGAAUUUUUACAUAUUGUGCUAAUGAUCAUGAUCUUCUAUUUUGUGCUGAGUAUCCUGUGACAAACAGACAACAUUACCAUGAGAUAAGUCCUUGUAUCCUGUUACAAACAGACAACAUUACCAUGAGAUAAGUCCUUGUAUCCUGUGACAAACAGACAACAUUACCAUGAGAUAAGUCCUUGUAUCCUGUGACAAACAGACAACAUUACCAUGAGAUAAGUCCUUGUAUCACCUGUGCUAGAAUAACAGAAAGCAGGACAUAUCAAGUUUGUUUUUUUGUGCAAGCUCUCCUGAAAAUAAUGCUGUCUCUUUCCAGUCAUGCAAAAAAUGCCAAAAUAUUUCCUUUAUUUCUAACACCAUUUUUUAUGAUAACCUUCAAUAGUAAAAUGUGAUGUAUGCACUUUUCUAUCAAGGCAUUAACAAACCUGCUCCUUUUAUCAUUUCUUUUAAUUUUUUAACUGUAAAACAUAGCUAUUUACAUAGUAUUUACUAUAAGUGACGUUUCUCCUGUUAUUAUCAAUUUUCAGUAUCUCCGCUUUUUUCAUUUUUGUCUAAUGUGCAAUCCAUCAUGUAUGAACUAUCAAGUUGUUAUAACAGUUUUGUGUACAUAAACAAAUGUUGUAUUUUUGAGAGGUAUAUUUUUGUGCGUAUAACUGACUUCAAUAAAAAAAAUUGUCAUGUUA